CAUUUUCAGAAUCUCUCCAUUGGCUAAUAGCAAACAAAAAAACAGAAGAAAUACGUAAAUAUAUAAUAAAAUCGUCUAAAAUGAACAAAACACAUAUAAAUUUAAAUAUAUGCAGAACAGAACAAAUAAUUGAAAAUGGAGUUGUUGUUGAUUGUUUAGAAGAGAAAACAGAAGAAAAAUCAGAAACAUUAAAAACGCCCCCAAAAAGAAACUUUUUUGAUCUUUUUAGAAGGCCAAGUUUUACUUUUCAUUUAACGCUGAAUUGCUAUAUUUUUAUUGUUCUCAAUUUUCUUUAUUGGGCAUUAACUUUAUAUAGUGUUGAUUUACACAAAAAUAAAAUGGUUGGAUUUUUUCUCUCUGCGGUAGUCGAAAUACCCGCUGGAAUUAUUUCUAUGAUUUUAUUAAUGAUUUGUGGAAGGCGAACAGUUACUGUUAUUUCUUUAACUGGACAAGCAAUAUCUUUAGGAUUGACUAUUUUUACUCCACGUGGGUUUAUUUUUAGAGAUAUUUCGAGUCUCGAAUAUUUUUUGACCUUCGAGUUUCGUAUUUCGUGUUUCGACUUUCGUGUUUCGAGUUGUUGA